CUGAUAAUAUAAAUUAAUUACCGAGCAGACAUCGGAAUCGGACAGUGUCCUCUUUCCUCGGCGAUCUCUCUUCUUCCACAUCUCUCCGAUCUCAAUAAAAAAAACGCGUCUUUGGUUUCUAACGCAUUCGAAAAGAAACACGUCCCAAAGUCUAUGCUCUUCGUGCUCAAAUUAUAAUUCUUUCACGGUAUUGCUUUUGGAUUUCAUUGCUUCUUCUCCGUCUCCUCUUCCGAAUCGGUUGGUUUUUUGCUUUUUUCGCGGAUUUGGACGAUGCCCAUUUGGUGAUUCGAUCUGUUUAUCUCUGGGUUCGCUGCAAAAUGUUGUAUUUUCCUCGAAAAUCACAGCAACUGUUAGGUUACUCUCUGUGCGUUCGUCAUUGAUCUCGCAGUUAUUAAAAAAAAAAGCUUAUUGUUUUGCAUGAUGGGUUUAAAUUUCGCAUUGAAUAGAAGUGGAAACAGAGGAGCUAAGGAGAUAGAUCUUAGAUGGUAACUAACUAUUGUGAUUUGAAAACGCUUGAAGAAGAUGAGGUUGAAUCAUUAAGGAAACAAUGAGUAGUUUCACUAAGAGCACAUCAUUCAAUAGAAGGGCACUGAGUUCUCUAGCUAUAGAAAGCCCUAGAAGCUCCUCUUCAAGCGCAUUCAACAGCCCCAUUGGCUCGGCUUUCGCGAGCCCGAGAACACAGGGCUUUGGAGCAAGUCCAAGGCCGUCUACGAACCGGUUAAAAGAGAUCUCGUAUCUGUUUCAGGUGCUUAUCAUCUUCGGAACCAUCGUCUCCUUUCUCGUUAUCAUCGCCGGUGGUUAUCUAUACGUUGUUCCUAGCCUAGGCCAAGCUUUCUUGGGUUACAAUGGAGCGUUGCAGUUCAACAGCUCUGUUGCUGAUGACAAGGGAUGUGACAUCUUCGAUGGGAACUGGGUCGUUGAUGAUAACUAUCCGUUGUACAACGCUACGGAGUGUCCUUUUGCGGAGAAAGGAUUCAACUGUUUAGCGAACGGUCGUGGACACGAGGAGUAUUUGAAAUGGAGGUGGAAGCCUCAGCAUUGCGAUGUCCCUAGGUUCCAAGUGAGUCAUGUCUUGGAGAGGUUAAGAGGUAAAAGGAUAGUUUUUGUUGGGGACUCGAUGAGCAGGACGCAGUGGGAGUCUUUGAUAUGUAUGCUGAUGACUGGUUUGGAAGAUAAGAGGAGUGUUUAUGAAGUCAAUGGGAACAACAUAACGAAAAGGAUACGUUUUUUGGGUGUGAGGUUUAGUUCUUUUAACUUUACGAUCGAGUUCUACAGAUCGGUAUUCUUGGUUCAGCCUGGGAAGCUGCGUUGGCACGCGCCUAAACGCGUUAAGUCGACGUUGAAGUUAGACGUUUUAGAUGUUAUUAACCACGAGUGGAGCUCGGCGGAUUAUCUCAUAUUCAAUACAGGUCAAUGGUGGGUGCCUGGGAAGCUUUUCGAAACUGGUUGUUACUUUCAGGUUGGAAACUCACUGAGGCUUGGAAUGUCGAUUCCUGCAGCGUAUAGAGUAGCUUUAGAGACGUGGGCAUCAUGGAUAGAGAACACAAUCGAUCCUAACAAAACACGUGUGUUGUUUCGUACCUUUGAGCCAUCGCAUUGGAGUUAUAGUGAUCAUAAUAGAUCAUGCAAUGUGACAAAGUAUCCAGCACCGGACACUGAAGGAAGAGACAGAAGCAUAUUCUCUGAAAUGAUUAAAGAAGUAGUCAAGAACAUGACGAUCCCUGUGUCGAUCUUGGAUGUAACUUCGAUGUCAGCGUUUAGAAGCGAUGGUCAUGUCGGUUUAUGGAGUGAUAAUCCGUUAGUACCUGAUUGUAGUCAUUGGUGUCUACCUGGAGUUCCUGAUAUCUGGAAUGAGAUCUUGCUCUUCUUCCUCUUUAGACAACAAGUUCCUCAAAAUGGAUAAUUUCAGGUUCUUGCAACAUAACAAUAGAAAAAGAAAAAAAGUUUAACGACCCUUGAUGGCUUAAUCUCUCAGAGCUGUUUCUUCUUGGAGCUAAAGACAGAGAGAGAGGGGUCACAAAUUUUGGUUACAGUUAAAAGAAAAAAAAAAGUAAUUCUUAAUUCAUUCUUUUAUUGUUUCUUCUACGUUCUUCUUUUAAUGUAUUAUCGAUUCAAAGAGAGAAAGUGAGAGGAAUUGUUCUAAGCUGAAACAGUUUUGCUCCCCAAACUAUUUUGGUAUAAAAAUGAUUUGGUUACUAUUCAACAUGUAGUUAAUUAUCUGC